UGGAUAUGGACUGUAUAUAUAUAGUAAUCUCUCUCUUCCUGAAUAUCUGAAAAUUAGAAAUUUCCUUGAAUAAAAUAAUACUAAUAAUGGCGGAACUCGUGGUCGCUAAAACUGCUAUCCCAUUAAUUCUCACUUUCUUAGGACAAUUUGCAAAAAAAUUCAAAGGUUUUAAAACAAGUGCAACCGUUACAAUUAAUAACAAACAUAGAGAAAUGAAACUUAUCGCCCCUGAAAUUUUCUCACCUGGAGAAAUCGAAAACCCACUGGACUGGAGUAUAAACCCAGGAGAGACACCAAAACCAUCAAAAUUCUUUGCUAAAAUCGGUAAGUUCACUUCACAAGGAAUGAUAACAUAUGAAAUCUUUGGACAAAGAGGACCAAAUGGGAGUCCUCUAUAUCUUAUAGUUACAUGGAAAGUAAAAUUAAACGGAGGCAGUAAUUCAAUAGGUAUCGAUGUCCUUGAAUAUGAAGACCAUCCACUUAAAAAUAAGUCUCUAGAAGAAAAGUAUAACUUGUACAAGGAAUUGCAUAAAAGAAAUGCAGGUCAAACCGAGUGGCCUACAUACAAUAACGGAGCCUUUUUUAGUAUCGGAGGAACAGUGGAUACAAAGCGUAACGCAAAAAUCAUAAUUACUUUUGAUCAUAAUCGCAGAAAUCCGUUUUAAAUAUUUUAAAUAUUUUUGUAUAGGAAUUAAAUCAUAUUAAAAAAAUUUUUAAACUCUAUAAGUGAAAGGAAAGUAGUGUUAGAUUUGACACGAAAAAUUUAUUUCUUUAGUUAUUUUUUUUAAAAAAAAAAGUACAAACUUGAAGGUUUUCAUUGACCUUUUUAAUAUCAUAAAGCUUUUUUAAUUUUCAUAUGUAUAUACUGUAUAUGUAUUGUUACAAAUUGAUAAUACGUCAUAUACAAUGGUAAAUAUUAAAAGUAAUAAAAAAUUUCAUCGAAUUAAAUUUAAUG